GCGGCCACUCUGCCAUCCAAAUACGACGGGAAAGGGGAUAUUACCUCUUGGAUUAGCUCCAUGCGCUCAUACUUCGAGGUACUGCGAACACCGCAGGAAGACCGAAGCAUGAUCAUGGGCACUAAUACUGAGCCCGUCGUACAGAGUUUCAUAGAACUCCAAGCUGUCACAGCAGGUUAUGAGAGGAUUGACCUGACCGAGUGGCUGAAAGUGACACUUGUGCGUACUCUUGAGGACCUCCUCAUCACGCAAUAUCAAGAUAAGCACGCUGCACUCAAGGCCAGACUGAAGCUUGAGGCCCUCAAGGGCCAAACGUGGAGGGUUUCCAUGCAGGCUUUGGAGCAGCACUUGACUGGUCUGUUCACCAUUCCUAACCUGGGAUUGACCGGCGUGUCUUGCAUGGAUGUAGUCAUGGGAGUGGCCCCUAAAGAAUACGUCUCCCAACUAGGAAUCAAAGACCAUACCACUUGGCGAGAGCUAUUGACGGAUCUAGUCAACCUAGAAGCCAAGGAACUCGCAAGGCAUGUAAAGGCACCCGCUGUAGGUAGAACCUCGCAACACAAGCGGUACGGAAGCAGCAACCAGCUUGCCCUGCAUGAACAUCGGGGGGCUGAGGAUCAGUCCUAUGCGGAUGAUCUGUCUCUGGAUGACGAUCUAGAGCCGGACUCCGACGUGGGAUGUUUUACAUCAGCCCUUGAGUCUGACGUAGGCAACCAAGAGGUUGUCACCUCAACACAUGCUGUCAAAGGUGUGCGCGUCACUUUUGACAAGGAUCGCACUAUCACACAUGAGCUGAACUUUUAUGUCAUGGACAAAUGUCCUUUCGACGCGGUCAUUGGCUUGGGCUGGUUAAAGGCUCAUUGCCUAAGGACAACGUGGGUGGAUAAUCAGUCCGUGGUGCGUGAUGCCAAGGGGAACGAGCGUACCGUUCUAUUGGACGAGACGCGCGAGUCCCCUGUGACUCUUUUAAGUGCAAACAAAUUCUGCAAAUCAGUGCGCAGGCGCAAGGAAGCUGAGCAUGUACAUGUAGCUCUCGUAAAGCCUCUUCAUGUGCCUUCUACUUUUGCUGCAUUUUCUACCUCGGAAAGUAAUUCUAUUUCUACUACCUCUUCUCUUGUUCCAUCUACUUCUACUGUAAAAAAUCAGUCUACUUCUGUCCCAAGUACUUCGAGUUCAGUUGUAAUUGCUGUAAAUUCUCAAUCUGAUUUUCUCUCUCCUGAUGAGGAUGAUCCUCCACCGGAAGUCCCAACAAACAUUCGUCGUCUAUUAGAUCGAUUUCCUGAAGUCUUGGCUGAACCUCGUGGAGUUCCCGAGCGUCCGAUCAAACACAAAAUCGAGAUAAUAGAAGGGAAUGUUCCUCCAAAGGGCUGCGUCUACCGUAUGGGACAGCGCGAGUUGGAGGAGUUGAGGAGACAAAUUGAUGACAUGAUCGAUUGUGAAUGGAUUAGGCCUAGCGAGUCUGAGUUCGGUGCACCUGUCUUGUUUGUGCCGAAAAAAGGAGGCAAACUCCGGAUAUGUAUUGACUUUCGUGGCCUCAAUCGGAUCACCAGAAAGAAUGUUUAUCCUUUGCCUCGCAUAGAUGAUCAGCUAGAUGCGGCAGGUGGGUGCAAGGUCUUCUCCAAGAUCGACCUCAAGUCUAGCUACCACCAGAUUGAAGUUGAUCCGAGUGACCAGCACAAAACUGCAUUCAAAACACGCGAUGGGCUGUACCAAUUCAUCCUUAUGCCCUUCGGUCUUACGAAUGCACCAGCCACGUUUCAGUGCCUCAUGGACAAGGUCCUCCGCCAUCAGCUUAACAGGUUUGUUGUUGUUUAUCUCGAUGACAUCCUGAUUUUCAGCAAGUCCAUGGAAGAGCACGUCAAGCAUCGGGAGGGGGUUUUGCAGGUCCUCAAGGAGGCACAACUGCACCUCAACUUAGAGAAAUUUGAGUUUGGAAGAGACAGCAUCAUCUAUCUUGGGCACCGGUUGUCUGCAAACGGCCUUGAGCCAGAGGCAAUCAAGGUUGAGGUCAUUCGAAAACGGCCUCAACCAGCGAACGUACGCGAACUGCGUUCUUUCCUUGGUUUGGCCUCGUAUUAUCGGAAGCUUGUGCCCAAAUUUUAUGUCAUUGCUCACCCACUCUCAAGACUAACAAGUAAGAAUGUUGCCUAUGCGUGGUGUGAGAAAUGUGAGACUGCGUUCCAAGCCUUGAAAGAGGCUUUGGUAAGUCAUCCUGUGCUCCGCAUUGCGGAUCCCAACCUCACGUUCGUAGUCACUAUGGACGCGAGCCAGUAUGGGAUUGGUGCAAUGCUGCAACAAGAUGAUGGCAAUGGUCUGCGUCCGCUUGAAUAUUACAGCAAACGCAUGCCCAGCCACAAGGUAGCUACCUCCACAUAUAUGCGUGACCUCUACGCCUUGCGCGAGGCGCUCACACAUUGGAAGCACUACCUCUUGGGUCGUCACUUCAAGGUCUACUCAGAUCAUCAGACCUUGCAGAGGAUUAAGACACAAACUGAUCUCUCUCCGACACUGACCCGCUGGCUGCAUGACAUUGAUGUUUACAACUUUGAACUGAAGCAUAAGAAAGGCUCUUAUAACCGUGUUGCUGAUGCUUUGUCGCGUCAUCCUGAGUUUUUGACUUGCCUUGUGGACUCUUAUGACCUCCGAAGGAAACUGAAGGAGGAUUUGGUCGAACACACUGCCAAGGAUCCGGACCUUAGUCCCAUCCUUGAGCAGCUCAAGGCUGACCCUAGUAGUCAGCCUGAUUUUCACGAGUGAGAGGGUCUUGUAUUCCGCCGGUAUGGGAAGUUUGAUCGUUUGUGUGUACCCAACUAUGCGCCUCUCCGGACUCAUUUCUUGGACUUGGCACAUGGUCGGAGUGGACAUUUCGGCUUUGAGAAAACUUAUGGAAGUCUUUUGCAGCAGUUUGAUUGGCCGGGAAUGAAAGGAUCUGCUCAGAAAUUUAUUGUUGAAUGUCAAGUUUGUCAAAGAAUCAAGGUCCAUAGGCAUA